CCAUGGUUUGUGGUCCCAAGAAGCAUCUGAAGUGUGCAGCAGCUCCAAAACAUUGGAUGCUGGAUAAACUGACCAGUGUGUUUGCCCCUUACCCAUAUGCUGCUCCCCAUAAGCUGAGAGUGUGUCUCCAUCUCAUCAUUUUCCUAAGGAACGGACUUAGGUAUGCCCUAACAGGGGAUGAAGUAAAGAAGAUCUAUGUGCUGUGUUUUAUUAAGAUUGAUGGCAAGGUCCAAACUGAUAUAACCUACCCUGCUGGUUUUAUGGAUGUCGUCAGCACUGACAAGACUGGGGAGAAUUUCCAUCUGAUCUAUGACACCAAGAGUCGUUCUGCUGUUCAUUGGAUUACACCUGAGGAGGCCAAGUAUAAGUUGUGCAAAGUGAGAAAGAACUUUGUGGGGACAAAAGGAAUCCCUCAUCUGGUGAUCCAUGAUGCUCCUACCAUCCACUGUCAUGAUCACCUCAUCCAGGGGAAUGACACCAUUCAGAUUGAUUUGGAGACUGGAAAGAUUACUUAUUUCAUCAAGUUUGAUACUGGUAAUCUGUGUAUAAGUGGACAUGCUAACCUGGGAAGAAUUGGUAUGAUCAUCAGCAGAGAGAGACACCCUGGUUCUUUUGAUGUAAUUCACAUGAAAGAUACCAAUGGGAACAGCUUUGCCACCCGACUCUCCCAACAUUUUUGUUACUGGCGAAGGCAACAAACGAAUUUCUCAUCCCUGUGGAAAGGGUAUCCAUCUCACCAUUGCUGAAGAGAGA